ACCGGCACAAACAACACAGAUAACAACUGAUAUGACUACCGACCAAUCCACACAACCAACAACUAAGGAAACAACAGCACAAACAACACAGAUAACAACUGAUAUGACUACCGACCAAACCACACAUCCAACAACUAAGGAAACAACAGCACAAACAACACAGAUAACAACUGAGAUGACUACCGACCAAACCACACAUCCAACAACUAAGGAAACAACAGCACAAACAACACAGAUAACAACUGAUAUGACUACCGACCAAACCACACAUCCAACAACUAAGGAAACAACAGCACAAACAACACAGAUAACAACUGAUAUGACUACCGACCAAACCACACAACCAACAACUAAGGAAACAACAGCACAAACAACACAGAUAACAACUGAUAUGACUACCGACCAAACCACACAACCAACAACUAAGGAAACAACAGCACAAACAACACAGAUAACAACUGAUAUGACUACCGACCAAACCACACAACCAACAACUAAGGAAACAACAGCACAAACAACACAGAUAACAACUGAUAUGACUACCGACCAAACCACACAACCAACAACUAAGGAAACAACAGCACAAACAACACAGAUAACAACUGAUAUGACUACCGACCAAACCACACAACCAACAACUAAGGAAACAACAGCACAAACAACACAGAUAACAACUGAUAUGACUACCGACCAAACCACACAACCAACAACUAAGGAAACAACAGCACAAACAACACAGAUAACAACUGAUAUGACUACCGACCAAACCACACAACCAACAACUAAGUGAACAACAGCACAAACAACACAGAUAACAACUGAUAUGACUACCGACCAAACUACACAGCCAACAACAGAGAAAACAACAGCACAAACGACACAGAUAACGACUCAAA